GCGUUCGCAGGAAGUGCUUCUGUUGUUGAAACCCGUGAGCUAACUAUGAAGAGACCCCGCAGCGGAAACUAGUCCACAAUCUAUCUGAUGUUCCUCCUUCAACAUGCGUGAAUGCAUCUCCAUCCAUGUGGGUCAGGCCGGUGUCCAGAUUGGCAAUGCAUGCUGGGAGCUCUACUGCCUGGAGCACGGCAUCCAGCCCGAUGGACAGAAGCCCAACGACAAGACCAUCGCCGGGGGAGACAACUCCUUCAACACCUUCUUCAGUGAGACCGGAGCUGGGAAGCACGUCCCCAGAGCUGUGUUUGUGGACCUGGAGCCCACUGUCAUUGACGAGGUGCGUAUCGGGACCUACCGGCAGCUGUUCCACCCCGAGCAGCUUAUCACCGGGAAGGAGGAUGCGGCCAACAACUACGCCCGCGGGCACUACACCGUCGGCAAAGAGGUCAUCGACCUGGUGCUGGACCGGAUCCGCAAACUGUCAGACCAGUGCACGGGUCUUCAGGGGUUCCUGGUCUUCCACAGCUUCGGGGGCGGCACCGGCUCUGGCUUCACCUCCCUGCUGCUGGAGCGCCUGUCGGUCGACUACGGCAAGAAGUCCAAGCUGGAGUUCGCCAUCUACCCGGCCCCCCAGGUGUCCACGGCGGUGGUGGAGCCGUACAACGCCAUCUUGACCACCCACACCACCCUGGAGCACUCCGACUGCGCCUUCAUGGUGGACAACGAGGCCAUCUACGACAUCUGCCGCAGGAACCUGGACAUCGACCGCCCCUCGUACACCAACCUCAACCGGCUGAUGAGUCAGAUCGUCUCCUCCAUCACCGCCUCCCUGCGCUUCGACGGGGCCCUGAACGUGGACCUGACGGAGUUCCAGACCAACCUGGUGCCCUACCCCCGCAUCCACUUCCCGGUGGCCACCUACGCCCCGAUCAUCUCCGCCGAGAGGGCCUACCACGAGCAGCUGACCGUGGCCGAGAUCACCAACGCCUGCUUCGAGCCCGCCAACCAGAUGGUGAAGUGCGACCCUCGCCACGGUAAAUACAUGGCCUGCUGCCUGCUGUACCGCGGCGACGUGGUGCCCAAAGACGUCAACGCCGCCAUCGCCACCAUCAAAACCAAGAGCACCAUCCAGUUUGUGGACUGGUGCCCCACCGGCUUCAAGGUGGGCAUCAACUACCAGCCGCCCACCGUGGUGCCCGGCGGAGACCUGGCCAAGGUGCAGAGGGCCGUGUGCAUGCUGAGCAACACCACCGCCAUCGCCGAGGCCUGGGCCCGACUCGACCACAAGUUCGACCUGAUGUACGCCAAGCGGGCCUUCGUCCACUGGUACGUCGGGGAGGGGAUGGAGGAGGGGGAGUUCUCUGAGGCCAGAGAGGACAUGGCCGCCCUGGAGAAGGACUACGAGGAGGUGGGGCUCAGUUCUGGUGACGGUGACGGUGAAGAAGAGGGGGAGGAGUUUUAGACCGCUUCACUGGGAGCCAUGUUCUGUAGAAUAGAUGCUUCCUGUUGAGCAGACAGGAAGUGGACGCUGUUUAAAGAGGAAGUAGAGUUCCAAAGAUUAUCUUGUGAAGAUGUUUAUUUUUAUGAUGAGUUCCAACAUUAAAUGUUUUUUAUUACUUCAUAUGUUCAGAGUUAAUGUGUCAAUAAAGUUCCCUUGGCCUGUU